CUAAUACAAGUCACUUUUUUAAUCAUUUACUACUUUUUAAUAGGCUCUGCUUAGCUUGAAUUAUCUUAAGAAUUGCUAGAUAUUAUUAUUAUUACUAUUAGAAUUAGAAUUAUUUCUUGAUAGUAAUUGUUAUAAAUAUUGUUGUUAUUGUAUUAUAUUUCAUCUAUUAUUAAUCUUUAAAAAUGCAACCUUUGGAUACCCCUACUAAUGUCACUAAAUCAAUUAAUGAUGAAGAUUGGUCAAUAAUUAGUUCAUCUUCAGAUAUUGAUGAUGAUAGAUCAACUACUAGUGAAGAUUUAACUGUAGAAAGAGAUCCAUUAAAUUUAAGUAUUAAUCUAAAUCAAGUGGAUCAAUCUGCAAAUAAUGGAUUUGCCGCUAUGAGUAAUAAUUUUAAAAUUCCAGUCGUUAGAUCAUCAACUACAUCUCGGUCUGGAUCUACUAGUACUAAUAAUACCAAUACUAAUACUAAUAAUAAGGAUAGAAAUGAUAGUAUUGUUACUAUAAAUACGGUUAAGGCUAAUGAUGUAAUCUUAUCAAAACCAGAAUAUAGUGAUACUUCUUCUGAUUAUGAUGGUGAUGUAACUAAUUCAGAUGUAUCAAGUGAUGAAUCUUCUCAUUCUUCUCCUAUUAUUCAACCAACUUUAUUUGGAACUUAUUCAAUCAAUAAUAGAAUAAAAUUUUAUGAAAACUUGUCGAAAUUUAAUGAAUCAAUUAAGCAAAGCUCCAAUAAGUUUUAUUCCAAUUAUGCUAAACUGAAGUUUCAACAAUGGAAUGAUUAUAUUAUUGAUUCAACUGACUCUCUUGCCAAUUCAAAUCCAAAUUCAAAGUCAAAUGCAAAUGAACCAAGUGAUCAAGGAGAAAAUUUAGAAGAUACUAUUGAGCUCAUAAAACAUUACGAGACAUUAAAUCAAAAAAUCGAAUCCUCAUCAUCUGAUAUUGAGCCAUCCACAUCAUCAAUCAAUUCAGAAUUUCCAUCUCAACCAUUACCAGUGGAUUCUACUUCGUUCUACCUUUUUAAUAAAAAGUAUGUUCAACCCUUAUUAUUAAAUACUUUACAAUUAAUUCAAGGAUUUAUGGAAAACAAUUCCGAUUAUUUAUAUUAUUAUAUUUUUGGUGGUAUUCUUAUUGCCUUGAUACCUGCCUUCUACUCUUUGACAUUUAUAGUGAGCUCGAUUCAAUCAAAUAUAGCUCCAAUGUUUAUAACUCCAAAGCCGGUACCAACAUAUCCUUUACUUUCAAAGUUUGAACCUCAAUUUCAAAGUCAUAUUGAUCAUAUGUCUAAGAUAUUUGAAGAUUUAUUAUAUGAAGAUGAAGCCCCUCAGAGAGUAUAUUUAUUUUUUAGUAAAAAAGGUCCAAAAGUAAGUAAAUGGUCUAAAUUUAUUAAAGAACGUGAUUGGAGUGAAUUUGAUUUAAUAAAGAAGGAAUUUUCUGAAGCAUUAGAAAUUUCUCAACAGAACUACAAUGAAUUUUCAAAGAAUUUUAAUGAAUUUUCAAAAUCUGCCAAGGUUAUAUUUGAUAAGAACUACAGGUUAGGUCUUAAAUAUAGUGUAGUUGGAGCCAAUAAAGUUUUAUCAUAUUCAGAGGUGGGUGCUAAACAAGUUUAUGAUUUUGGUUCAAAGUAUAGUGAAAUUGCCUUUGAUAGGGCUUUACAUUAUACCAAAGUAGGUAGUACUGAAUUGAUUAAUAAAUCACAAUCAUUACAUCAAUUUGUUAAAGAUCAAGAAAUAAUUGAUAAACUUUGGAAAAUAUCUAAUGAUACUAGAAGCAUAGUAGAAGAUAAUUUUGAAUUAUUUAAGAAAUCAUCAUUUAAACAAAAUAUAGAUGAUAUUGCUGUGAAUAUUUAUGAGAAAUCUAUGGAUUUUAUUACUGAUAUAUUUGGUACAAGAGAUAAAAUGCCUAAAGAUUUAAUUAUCAUAAAAUUAUAAGUACUUUUACUUUUACUUUAUUGAACCUACUUUUGUUGACUUGUUUUUAUAAUCUUAUUUAUUACUAAUUUGAUAUUUGGGAUUAAAUGAACUAUCAGUUUAUUGUGGGUAGGUGGGUCUGGUUUUAUAUUUCAGGUUUAGGUACGGUCUAAUCAAUUCUCCUGGUGUCAAUAGGCAAGAUAUUUGUUGUCGCUGUUGGCUUACUUUUUAUAUACUAUUAUUAUUAUUAUUAUUAUUAUUAUUAUUAUUAUUAUCGAUUUAUUUUCACUUAUCGUUUGGAAUUGUUUCAUUUUUAGUUUUCUCUCGG